AUGGCAGCCAGAGCCCCAAGACAACGAGGACCGCCAGCGAGCAGUAGUAACAGCCCACUUCUCAUUACAGCAAUAUUAGCUUUGGGAGCAUUGACUGUAGCCUCGGCCGUCUAUUGGAUUACGAGACAACAGCACACUUCAAAUAACAUCAAUGCCAGCACCAGCAGGACAGCAACAACUACAUCAACUAUAGCAGACUCGAAUAGAUCAAAGUCAAAACAUAAGAGACUGCUUACAAUCUCGGCCAAAAAUAUCAUAUUUUGGAAUCCGUCCAAGGAUCCAAGUCAUCCGAAUUACGCAUUUCUGGAAGGUGCUAUACCGACUCUAUCCGCAAUCCUCGCUUCGGGACUCUAUGACGUCCACCUGAUUAUUGUCGUGGAAGGUGGUGAUGUUGAAGCUGCUCAAAUCACGUCCCUUAUGGCUUCUUCCGGACUAGCUGCUGCAGGACUGGACUCGAGGAGGGUCUUGUUUUGCGAUACCGAAGAGGGUAAAUCGCAUAUAGUACGUCACAUCGAGCCACAAGUGCAUAUAGACUCAAAUGACGAUGUAAUUAGUCGGUUGGCUCCGUUUAUAAACAGGAUUGUCAGGGUCAGGCAGACUAAAGUGUCUGGUAGUAAUAGUAGUAGCAGCAAUAAUAGUAGUGUGCCACAACAGCCAAUACGAAGGUCUAGUGAAGCUCCAGGUUUAACUCGAACUGGAUCUGUACGCUCACUAGCUCUGAAUGCCAAUAGCAAUAGUAAAGCAGAUCUCCUCAAAUCUUUACCGCCUCAUCAUGCCGAAACAGAGCUGGUUGGAUUGGCACUGCAAGAACUGUUAAGGAGAGGAAAUGUUGCCAUGGCUGAAUCAUUGGAUCAGGCCGGUUUGGUAUAA